UUUAUGAAAAAAUACCUCCUCCCCAUUCUGGUGCUCUUCUUGGCCUACUACUACUACUCUACAAAAGAAGAGUUCAGACCAGAAAUGCUCCAAGGGAAGAAAGUAAUUGUCACGGGGGCCAGCAAAGGGAUCGGAAGAGAAAUGGCAUAUCAUCUGUCAGAAAUGGGAGCCCAUGUGGUGUUGACCGCAAGGUCAGAGGAAGGUCUCCAGAAGGUGGCAUCCCGCUGCCUUGAACUCGGAGCAGCAUCUGCCCACUACAUCGCUGGCACCAUGGAAGAUAUGACGUUCGCGGAGCAAUUUGUUCUCAAAGCAGGAAAGCUCAUGGGCGGACUGGACAUGCUCAUCCUUAACCACAUCACUUACACCAGUAUGAACUUCUUCCGCGACGAAAUCCACGCUUUGCGCAAAGCCAUGGAGGUCAACUUCAUCAGUUACGUGGUCAUGAGCGUGGCCGCCUUGCCCAUGCUGAAGCAGAGCAAUGGCAGCAUUGUUGUUGUCUCCUCCAUAGCUGGGAAAAUGGCCCAUCCUCUGGUUGCUUCCUACUCUGCAUCUAAGUUUGCUCUGGAUGGGUUCUUCUCCUCCCUUAGAAGAGAACACGGAGUAACCAAUGUCAACGUGUCCAUCACUCUCUGUGUUCUUGGCCUCAUAAACACAGAAACAGCCAUGAAGGCGACCUCUGGAGUCUUCAAUGCCCCAGCCUCUCCCAAGGAGGAAUGCGCCCUGGAGAUCAUCAAAGGCGGGGCUCUGAGACAAGAAGAGGUGUACUACGAUAGCUGGAGCUGGACCCCUAUCCUGCUGGGGAACCCAGGAAGAAAGAUCAUGGAGUUUCUUUCAAUGAAGAGCUUUACAUUUGACAAGUUAAUCAGCAGCUAGGAACUCCUGAGGCCUAGUGAGAGGUCUCAGAACAGCUCUGCCUCAUACCUCUGUGAGCCCUACCUGUGAAAACCUGUUCCCAGAGAUGCACAAAUCGUGAGGAUGUAAUUAUAAUAAAUGUCACAAACCACU